AUGGCCAUUGCCCUCCUUGUCCGCCCCGCGUGGGUCGCUCCCGCGGCAGCCUUUGGACAGGUGCGCACGUAUACCACGCGCGGCCUGUCGUCAUACCUGGUGACGCCGACAGAGCUCAACGAGGCCAUCAAGAGGAACGCUCCGUCCCCUAUCAGCACCGAUCCUCGUACCAUACCGCUCUGCGCCUCUUGGUUCAUGCCCAACGCCGGCCUCAAGGGCAUAGAUGUGUACCGCCAGCAGCGCGUGCCCAAGGCGCGCUUCUUUGACCUCGACAAGGUCUGCGAUAAGCGCAGCCCGUACCCCCACAUGCUGCCUGACGCAAAGGGCUUCGCCGCUGCCAUGAGCGAGCUGGGCAUCCGAAGGGACGACGAGGUGGUGGUCUACGACUCGCAAGAGCUCGGCAUCUUCAGCGCGCCCCGCGUCGCCUGGACCCUCAAGGCCUUUGGCCACCCCCGAGUGCACAUCCUCAACAACUUCAAGCUCUGGAUCGAGCAGGGCCUACCCACCGAGUCCGGAGAGCUGUACACGGUCGAGUGCAGCACCUACCCCAUUCCCGAGAUGGACGAGUACUACGACCCCGUCGCCACCUUUGAGGAGGUCCGCGAGGUGGCCCGUGACCACAACAAGGAGGGCGCCGAGGGCGUCCAGAUUCUCGACGCCAGGCCGGCCGGCCGCUUUGACGGCAGCGCUCCCGAGCCUCGCGAAGGCCUGUCCUCGGGUCACAUGCCCGGAUCCAUCAACAUUCCCUUCCCUGACCUGCUCGACCCGGAGACCAAGACGUACAAGUCGCCCGAGGAGUUGACAAGAUACUUUGAGUCCAAGGGCGUCGACCCCGCCAAGCCCAUCAUCUCCUCGUGCGGUACCGGAGUCACAGCAUGCAUCAUCAACGAGGCCCUCGAGAUUGCCGGCUACGGGUCAGCCGAGACGAGAAAGGUCUACGACGGAAGCUGGACGGAGUGGGCCCAGCGAGUCCGACCAUCAGACAACCUCAUUGUCAAGAAGAGCCAGUAA